AUGCCAGGCCGGUUUAAUAUCGCAUACAUUGCAUCGUUCUCCUUCUCCAGAUUUGACAACUCAGCACAGUUAUUCCCUGGAAGUAGAGCUGGGACUGACAAGCGAGCGGCAGCACGUGAAGAUGUCCAUCCACAUCAAAAAUCAUACACCUCGUCAAGAAGUCCUAAAGGGUACGAACUGCCAAAGAAGCUUGACUCUCCGAGAGAUACCACGAAGAGGAACGAGCCAAGCCAAAAUACCUAG